AGUCAUAUAGAUGCAAAGGCAGCAACAUCCUAUUUUUCAACACUAGCGACUUUGAAUAUAAUGUGUCAGUGUCAGAUCAGGUUUAUUAUUUGAAUUAAUAAGUUUGUAGCAAAAAUAGUAACAUCAUGUCUAAAAUAACCGUAGAAAAUAUAGGUUUGUAGCAAACACAGUAAUAUCCACUUUAGUAAUACCAAAGACAGCAACAUCCGAUUUGACCAAUCAGGUAUCUGUAUUUGGCUACCAUGUUACUCGAUUUAGUAUGGCGAUUGCAGUUUGUUAGUUUUUCUGUACUGUUUUUAUUUUUGAAAAUUAAAUACGAAAAAGAUAUUAUUUUUGUCAGUAAUUGUAAAAACCAACACAAUGGAGAAUUUUCCUACCCCUUGUGAUAAAAAGUCGAGUAGAAAAAGGCAAGCUGACCCCAAUAAAUGGAAGAGAAAUAUAGCUAAAAAGCAGCGGUAUUCUCCAAAGACUCUUCCAAGAAGGUUACUGUGUCGGCACAAGAAAAAUUUUGGAUGUUUGACACUAUCUAUGAAAGAUGUGAAGCUAUUUUAUGAUAAUUUUUAUGCAGAUCCAGAUAAAAGAAAACAGGAUGCUUAUAUUUUAAAACAUUGUACCCCUUGUACUGUAUCACGUCGCCGUCCUGUUAAAUCAAAAUAUGGAAAGCAAGACUUUCAAACAAAAUUUUAUAUUUAUUGUCAAUCGCUAAAGAAAAGAGUGCAAGUGUGUCAACGUUAUUUUUUAACAGUCUUACAAAUUACAAAGUAUAGAGUUCAAACUGUGUUGAAAGAAUAUUAUAAGACUGGAAAACUAUUGUCUGAAAAAAGAGGAGGCGAUCGUAUUUCAAUAAAAUAUGCGGCAAAACGAGAGGCUAUAAUCAAUUUUAUUAAUAAAAUACCGUGCCAAGAACCACAUUAUUGUAGAGGAAAUACUAAAAGGUAUUAUUUGUCAUCAGAAUUAUCUAUAAAUAAAUUACACCACGCAUAUAAUGCUGAAGUUGUCGAUAGCCUAAAAGUAAAGAAGUCUUACUUCAGGCAUAUAUUCAAUACAAAAUAUAAUCUUUCAUUUGGCACUCCUCGAACUGAUGUAUGUGCAACUUGUUUAAAAUUCAAUGAGCAAAUGAAACGCGAGAAAGACGUUAGUAGAAGAAAUAAUUUAAUAGUGGCCCAAAGACUACAUAAAUUGCGAGCAAAAGCUUUUUUCGAAAAAGUUAAAGAAGAAAAAAUUAAACUAAAGACUUUCUCGUAUGAUUGUCAAAAAAAUCUUAAUCUGCUCAAAGUACCUGAUCAGGUUGCAUACUAUUUGAGAAAUAUUUAUUUGUAUAAUUUCACCAUAGUAGAGGGAUCUUCACAGAGUAAAUUGCGUUCUGAAAAUGUGUUUGCUUACUGUUGGACCGAAAACCAAUUUCCCAAAGCAGCCAAUGAAAUAGCUUCAGCCGUUUACCACAGGUUGAAAAAUACAGACUUGUCAUCCACAGAAAUAAUAAGACUUGCUGCAGAUGGAUGCGCAGGUCAAAAUAAAAAUACGAUAAUGUUGGGAAUGCUAUCUAAAUGGUUGACUGAAGCGCCACAAAACGUCAAGGCAAUAGAGCUUGUCUUUCCUGUGGUUGGACAUUCGUACAUACCCCCAGAUAGGGUGUUUGCCCAAAUAGAAAAACAACUAAGAAAACAUGAAGUGGUUAGCGGCCCUCAACAAUACUUGAAUAUUAUUUCAAAAUUUAGCACAGUUAACAAUUUAGGAACUGACGUUGAAGUAUUUGAUUGGAAGACUGCUGCGCAGCAAGUCUUUAAGCCCGUCGGUAACUGGCAUUUUCAGUUUAAACUUUGCAAGCGUUUCAUAUUAACACGUUCAAAAAGACCUGGAAAUAUUUUGAUCCAAGGACAUCUACACUAUAAAAAUGAUGAUGGAGUUUCUAGAAACGUUUGUAAAAGGAAUAAAACAAUCUCCAUGAUAAAUCCACAAAAAAUUAAUGUUUCAAACUACAUAACAAGCAGUAAAAAAAAAGAUAUAUUGACUUUGCUUACAAGUCAUUGGGGAAAUGACUGGCAACAAAAUGAGGAUUUGUCCUUUUUUGUACCCUUACUGGAAAGAAUUGAUAAAAAUGAAGAAAAUGAAGAUAGAGAAUAUGAUGCAGAAUGUGAAGAAUAUGAGGAAAUAGAUGAUAUGCAUGUUUAAUAAUUUUUAAUGAUAAUUGGAGGUAAUAAAUAAUAAUAAUAAUUA